AUGGCAACAGUCGAGAAUAAGACCUGGGCAGAAGCAAUCCCACCAGCACAAGGUCUUUACCGUCCAGAAUAUGAAAAAGAUGCAUGUGGCGUGGGCUUUAUCGUCCACGUCAAAGGUGUUCGAUCCCAUAAGAUUCUGAGUGACGCGAAUGAAGUACUUUGCAACAUGACACAUCGUGGUGCGAGUGGUGCUGAUAUCCGUGAUGGUGAUGGCGCAGGUGUCAUGACAGCCAUACCUCAUACCUUCUUUGUCAAUGAAACUUCGAGAGACCUUGGCAUCACCCUACCACAAGAAGGACAUUAUGCGGUAGGAAAUGUGUUUAUGAAGGACGUGGAAGAAUGUCAAAAGGUAUUUGAGCAGAUAGCAGACACUUUGCAUUUGAAAGUUUUGGGUUGGCGACCUGUCCCUGUCGAUUCUUCCAUCAUCGGCCCAGCUGCAAAAUCAAAGGAACCUGCUAUUUACCAGCCUUUCGUCGUCUUGAACACGCAGCAUCAGGAGCAGUUCGAUGAAGGUUAUUUUGAGCGUCAAUUAUAUGUCUUACGAAAGCACGCGACUCAUGUCUUGACCAUGAAGAAAUGGUUUUACAUUUGCUCACUUUCCAACAAGAAUAUUGUUUAUAAAGGCCAGCUCACGCCAAAACAAGUAUAUACUUAUUAUUACGAUUUGUUAAACGUACACUAUACGACCCAUUUUGCCUUGGUCCAUUCCCGUUUUUCAACCAACACAUUUCCUUCCUGGGAUCGUGCUCAACCCAUGCGUUGGUGUGCUCAUAAUGGGGAAAUCAAUACUUUACGUGGUAACAAGAAUUGGAUGCGUUCCCGUGAAGGUGUCAUGUCAUCUGCCAAAUUUAAAGACGAACUUGAAUAUCUUUAUCCCAUUAUUGAAGAAGGAGGCUCAGACUCAGCAGCCUUUGACAAUGUGCUGGAAUUGUUAGUGGUCAAUGGUGUGUUGUCUCUUCCAGAAGCUGUGAUGAUGAUGGUACCCGAAGCGUGGCAAAACAACCCGCUCAUGGAUAAAGAAGUAAAGGCAUUCUACCAAUGGGCUGCCUCCUUGAUGGAGCCUUGGGAUGGUCCGGCUCUUUUCACUUUUGCGGAUGGACGUUACUGUGGUGCUUCGCUCGACAGAAACGGUCUUCGUCCUUGCCGCUAUUAUGUCACAUCCAACGACAUCAUGAUUUGCGCUUCGGAAGUAGGCACCGUCUUGGUCGAUCCGGAAACGGUGAUUCAAAAGGGCCGUCUUCAACCAGGACGUAUGCUUUUAGUAGAUACCAUCAAAGGCGUCAUUGUAGACGAUGCACAGCUCAAACUUGAAACGGCUAGAAAGAAGCCCUUUGUCGAUUGGAUCAAGCACAAGCGUAUCCAUCUAAGCGACUUGUUGGCCGCCGCUGAGAAACAUUCUCUGCCUCCUCCUCCAGCACUGGAUGACACCACCAUCAACACGGACCCUCGCCUGAAGGCCUUUGGAUACACGCUAGAGCAAUUCAAUUUGAUCAUGCUGCCCAUGUUGACGGCCGGGAAAGAACCGUUGGGUUCCAUGGGGAACGAUACUGUGUUGGCUUGUUUGGCAGAACAGCCUCGGCUCUUGUAUGAUUAUUUCCGUCAACUGUUUGCACAAGUGACCAACCCUCCCAUCGAUCCGAUUCGAGAAGAAAUCGUCAUGACCCUUGAGUGUUGUGUCGGUCCCGAAGGCAAUCUUCUGGAUAUCUAUGAAGAGCAGUGUCAUCGUUUGAAUUUACCCUCGCCCAUCUUGACCAUGGAAGAACUGGCAGCGAUCAAGGCAAUGACAACAACCAUGUAUCCUGAGUGGAAAAUAGCCACCGUCGACAUCACAUUCAACAGAGCCGAUGGCAUUCAAGGCUACUUUGACGCUCUGGAGCGUAUCUGCGAAGAGUCCUCCGCCGCCAUCGACCAGGGCUAUAAAGUCAUCCUCCUCUCUGACCGUGCUGUAGCUGCAGACCGUGUGGCUCUCUCUUCGCUGAUCGCCGUCGGAGGCGUCCAUCAUCAUCUCGUCCGACACAAGAAACGUAGCCGUGUGGCUUUGAUGGUCGAAACAGCCGAGGCAAGAGAGGUGCAUCACUUCUGCGUCCUUCUUGGUUACGGUGCCGAUGCGAUCUGUCCUUAUCUGAUGAUGGAGGCCAUCAUGAAGCUGCAUCGUGAGCGUGCCGUCCGCGAUGACUAUGCCGUAGACACCCUGAUCAAGAAUUAUCUCAAGGCGAUCCAUAACGGUAUCCUGAAGGUCAUGUCCAAGAUGGGCAUCUCCACCUUAGCUUCCUAUAAAGCGGCUCAGAUUUUCGAAGCCUUGGGUGUCGACGAUACCGUCAUCAGCCGCUGCUUUGCGGGGACAGCGUCACGUAUCAAAGGUGCCACCUUGGAAGUCUUUGCCCUGGACGCCUUGACCAUGCACGAAAAUGGCUAUCCGUCGUCGCGCAAUAAGGUGCAACCGCCGGGCCUUCUUGAAUCAGGUGAAUACCACUGGCGUGAUGGCGGCGAGCCUCAUAUUGCAGAGCCUUCGACCAUUGCUCAUCUCCAGGACGCCGUCCGACGCCACCAUCAAGGCGCUUACGAGGCGUAUGCGAAAGCCUCUCAUGAAGCCAUCAAGAAAUGCACCCUUCGUGGUAUGCUUGAUUUUGAUUUUGAAAGCCGUCGUCCUGUCCCGCUGGAACAAGUAGAGCCAUGGACCGACAUUGUCAAACGUUUCGCUACCGGCGCCAUGUCGUACGGCUCGAUCUCGUGGGAAACCCACACGGCACUCGCCGUGGCCAUGAAUCAACUCGGUGGUCAAUCCAACACCGGCGAAGGCGGUGAAAAGCCCGAGCGUUCGCGGUUGCAGCAAGACGGUGUCUCUCUCCGAUCAGCGAUCAAACAAGUGGCCAGUGGUCGUUUCGGUGUGACUUCCUUCUAUCUGAGCGAUGCCGAUGAAUUGCAAAUCAAAAUGGCGCAAGGGGCAAAGCCCGGUGAAGGCGGUGAGCUGGCCGGUCCCAAGGUGUCCGAUGAAAUCGCCUCCACGCGUAAGACGACGCCAGGUAUCGGUUUGAUCUCUCCUCCCCCUCAUCAUGAUAUCUAUUCCAUUGAAGAUUUGAAGCAGCUCAUUUAUGACUUGAAGUCGGCUAAUCCUCGUGCUCGCAUCUCCGUGAAGCUCGUCUCUGAAGUAGGUGUCGGUAUUGUCGCUGCCGGUGUGGCCAAGGCAAAAGCAGAUCACAUCCUUAUCUCGGGCCAUGAUGGUGGUACCGGCGCAUCGCGCUGGACCGGUAUCAAAUACGCAGGUCUGCCCUGGGAAUUAGGCCUCGCUGAAACACACCAAACAUUGGUCCUGAACGAUUUGAGAGGACGCGUCGUCAUCCAAACGGAUGGUCAGAUCAAGACAGGCCGUGAUAUCGCUAUCGCAUGUCUUUUGGGUGCCGAAGAAUGGGGCUUUGCCACCACCCCACUGAUUGCCCUUGGUUGUAUCAUGAUGAGAAAAUGCCAUUUGAAUACUUGCCCUGUUGGUAUUGCCACUCAAGACCCUGAGUUACGUAAGAAAUUCCAAGGUAAACCCGAACAUGUCGUCAACUUUUUCUAUUAUGUAGCUGAAGAACUUCGCUCCAUCAUGGCCAAGCUGGGUUUCCGUUCUAUUCCAGAGAUGGUCGGUCAUGCGGAGCUUCUCAAGGUGAACGAUGCAUUGCGUACUUUCAAGACGGCCAAUUUAGACUUGUCUCCUCUUCUGACCCCUGCCACCACACUACGUCCUGGCGUAGCCACGCAUCAUGUCACCCAACAAAAGCAUCUACUUCACACGCGUUUGGAUAACUACCUUAUCGAAGAAGCGGAACCGGUCUUGAGUGGUUCUGUCAAAGCCGUCGCUUUUGAGACGCAAGUGGUCAAUACAGAUCGUGCUUUAGGUGCUACCCUUGCUUAUCACGUGUCCAAGACAUUCGGCGAAAAAGGACUCCCCGACGAUGCCAUCCAUCUGUCGCUUCAAGGAUCAGCAGGUCAGUCCUUGGGCGCCUUUUUGGCACCGGGCAUUUUCUUUGAUUUGGAAGGUGACGCGAAUGAUUACGUCGGCAAAGGCCUUUCCGGCGGUAAAAUUGCUAUUUAUCCCCCCAAGAAGAGCCCAUUCCAAUCAGAAGAGAAUAUCAUUGUUGGCAAUGUGUGUCUUUACGGUGCCACCAGUGGCAAAGCGUUCUUCAGAGGUAUCGCUGCGGAGCGUUUCUGUGUCCGUAACUCGGGAGCCAUGGCGGUAUGCGAAGGCGUGGGUGAUCAUGGCUGUGAAUACAUGACAGGUGGCCGGGUGGUGAUCCUGGGCUCUGUAGGACGCAACUUUGCAGCUGGUAUGAGCGGUGGUAUUGCUUAUGUAUUGGAUAGGAGGGGUGACUUUCGCCAUCGGGUCAAUACAGAGCUGGUUGAUUUGGAAACGGUCAAUGACGAGGAGCGUAUCGCUGAAUUGCGUGAUUUAAUCGAAGACCACCGUCAUUAUACCGGUUCUACAGUCGCCGACCGUAUUUUGAAGAACUUUCAUGAGUAUCUUCCCAAGUUUGUCAUGGUGCUACCCAGAGAAUAUGGUGAGUUACUCAGACGCGAGCAUGAAGCUCUCGCUCAACCGGACUUCGAUGCUAAAUCGUGCGACGAUGUGGGUCGCAGAGCAAGCCUUGAACAACUCAAGAAGGGUGAACCUCUGAUAGAGGAUGUAGAAGACAGUGUUUUGACAGAGGAAGAGAUCCUGAAACGCCGCGAAAAGCUGGACAAGCUGAGAGGAUUUAUGAAAUAUAAACGUAAAGCUGAUCCUUACCGCAACACGAAGAAGCGUUUAGGAGAUUGGGAUGAAGUAACGGUACGUCUCAGCCGUUCCCAACUUCAUGAACAAGCGGCUCGUUGCAUGGAUUGUGGUGUUCCUUUCUGUCAAUCGGAUACCGGCUGUCCUAUCGGUAAUAUCAUUCCAAAAUGGAACGAAUUAGUGUACAAAGACAAUUGGAAAGACGCACUUGAUCGCCUGAUGAUGACCAACAAUUUCCCAGAAUUUACUGGCCGUGCUUGUCCAGCACCUUGUGAACAAUCCUGUACUUUAGCGCUCACUGAACUCCCUGUUGCCAUCAAGAGCAUCGAGUGUGCCAUUAUUGAUCGCGGUUUUGCUGAAGGAUGGAUUGCGCCUAACCCACCUGCUUCGCGAACGGGUAAAAAAGUGGCUAUCAUUGGCUCUGGCCCGGCUGGUCUAGCUGCUGCUGAUCAACUCAAUAAAGCCGGCCAUCUUGUUACCGUAUACGAUCGAAAUGACCGUAUCGGUGGCUUGCUUAUGUACGGUAUUCCCAACAUGAAAUUGGACAAAAAAGUGGUUCAACGUCGAAUCGACCUUCUGGCGGCGGAAGGCAUUGAAUUUGUUCCUAACGCCCAUGUGGGCGUAGACAUCAAUGCCAAUACAAUUCGUCAAGAGCAUGACGCUAUGAUUAUUGCCACAGGUGCAACCUGGCCUCGGGAUCUCUUGAUUCCUGGCCGGCAAGCAGAUGGUAUUCACUUUGCUAUGGAUUUCCUUCAGUCGACAACAAAAAGUCUGCUUGAUUCUCGUCUUCAAGAUGGCCAUUACUUGUCAGCAAAAGAUAAGAAGGUGAUUGUCAUUGGUGGUGGCGAUACAGGCAAUGAUUGUAUUGGUACAGCCAUGCGUCAUGGCUGCAAAUCGGUUGUCAAUUUUGAAUUACUACCUCAGCCUCCUGACACGAGAGCCGACGAUAACCCAUGGCCUCAAUAUGCACGUGUUUUCCGUGUUGAUUACGGUCACGAAGAAGUCAAGACUCAUUUUGGAACCGAUCCUCGGGAAUACUGUGUUCUUUCCAAGGAAUUCGUUGUGGAUGAAAACAACCGGGUCAAGGGAAUCAAGACCGUUCGUGUGGAGUGGACGAAAGAUGAAACGGGUCGCUGGUCCAUGACUGAAGUUGCUGGUUCCGCGCACGUCUUUGAAGCUGAUCUCAUACUUUUGUCGAUGGGUUUCUUAGGCCCUGAAAACGCUAUCAUCAAACAGUUAGAAUUGGCUCAAGAUGGCCGUUCCAACAUUGAAACCUCCAGAGGCCAAUAUGUCACCUCUGUGCCCGGUGUUUAUGCUGCUGGAGAUUGUCGUCGUGGUCAGUCUUUGAUUGUUUGGGGAAUCAAUGAAGGUCGUAUGUGCGCUCGUGAAGUUGAUCAAUAUUUGACAGGCAACACUUAUUUACCUGUUACCGGUGGUAUCAAUAAGCGAUCUAUCGUUGGUGUUCCGUCUGUUGCAAAAGUCAAAGCCUAA